CCCAAGCUCAAGACACUCCUGCAGAGGACAGAGGCAUCUUUUGACUUUAAAGCAGUCUGAACACUAGUUUAGUGUUUGUGAACUCUCUUUCAGCUUCUCUCUCUCUCAUUUUUUUGAUUCUCUCCGCUCCCUGAGACUUCGUGUCAGCAUGCAGCUUUUAGCCAGCUUAGUGUCUCUGCUGCUGUUGCUGUACAGUGUGAGAGCAGCGGCUGUUCUUCCAACAGAGGAAAGGAGUCCAACAGAUAUCAGGGAACUAAAUAAGGCACAAAAGGAGAUGAUUCUCAAGAUGAUCAGCCUUGUGCUGGAUGGUGUGGACAACAGCAUGGUGGACAGAUAUUCCACCCUCCAGGAGGGGGAAGAACCCAUAGAGUCUCGUCUGGAAGAGAGAGCCGUGUACAACCGACUAGCACAGCUGCCUCAGAGAGACCGCAAAGCCCCAUGUAAGAAUUUCUUCUGGAAGACGUUCACAUCGUGCUAACCCUGUGCUCCCUCCCAGUGCUCUCUGCUCCUCCUCGAAAUCCUCACAUGAACUGUGCACACCAUCACUGUACAUAUCAUUGGCGCUGUCCACUGAGGGGUCUUAAUGGACUUUACAGAUGCAGCCAGAUUGUUAAAGAUAUCAAUGAUUAUAUUUAUCUAUUUAUUGAUUUGCUAUUUAUGUAUGUUUUUGAACAUCUCAAACUAAUAAAGCAUGGCUAUGACA